AUGAUAGAAGCUGGUCGAAUAAAUUAUAUUACAGGAUCGCAGAAGUUAAAACCAGAAUGUAUUGCAGAUUACAACAUCAAGAUGUGUUCUGUGAACCGUGUUGAUAUGACAUCUCAUUAUAAUUCAUAUGUCCUGAGUGUUACUGGCAAAAAACUAAAAUAUAACGAUUUCCACCUAUCACUGAUAAAACAAAUUCUGCAAAAAUAUCCGCAAAAUAGGAAACAAGCGGGUGGUGGGAAAAGGAAACACAGAAAAUUUACCAUUUCAUCUGACGGCGAGACAUUUCCCUUCGAAAAUUUUAAAUGCAGCAGGCAACAUAACAAGAAGAAAAUGUGUUGUCUGCAGGAAAUACAAAAAAAAAGGAGUGAUAGCCCAUAUGAAUGUAAAAAAUGCGACAUCGGAUUGUGUGUUGAUAAUUGCUUUGAGAUUUACCAUACGCAAAUGAACUAUUAA